AUGGAAGGCCCCUUCGUGGUGGAGGCGUCCUACACCUACAUGUCCAGCUCGGAGGGCGAAUGCAGCGACUGCUUUCGAAGCCUUUGCGAUGGGAGGACACUGAACACAUCCAGUAGCGAAGGCAUUUUCACAAGUUCUUCAGAGGAGAGCACGAACAGUGCUGAGCUGAGGGCAAGGGACGAAAAGGAAGGGCUCGCUGACAACGAGCUGAGCUCACAGCCCACCCAGCAGUCCCUGCGGUCGUCCAUCUUGCCUGAAGUACUUGCUCUGUGUGCCGAGGCCAAGGGACAUCGUGCACAUCUGGAUUCGGAAGACCCAAAUCCCUUGGCUGAAUACCCACGGCUCGAACUAAGGUCUUUCCAGCUGAAAAAUCCAUCCACAAGUGAAGCCACAAGUGCAAGGCAGGCUGGGAGAGGAGCAGUGGGUGGGUGGUUGCUUGAGGCCCUUGCCCUUGACCCCACACUUGGCCUCGAGAGGUGA